AUGGUAUCCUAUCCUCAUAAGCAAAAGGAUGAAAAAAUAUCCUACACGUCAGGGGGCACAGAAUUCGAGCCCUCCGCUUCGAUAGAUUCGCAAAACUCGGGCGAUGGGUCCGACGCUAAUUCCAAAAAGCGCAAAGGUCGCAAGAAGAAAGUAGACCAAGCUUGUGUAUAUUGUAGAAGGUCGCAUAUGAUUUGUGACGACGCUAGACCGUGUCUGCGAUGUAUAAAAAGGGGAAUUGGUCAUCUUUGCCAUGAUGAGCCUACUGCCAGCCGUCAGAAGAAAAAGCCCGAUCUAGGGUAUUCUGAAAAGGGCGAGGUUUUGCCUGACGGCUCCACACCAGAUAGCCUGAGGCCCAAUACAACGGGGCCAUUGGCAGAUUACGUACCAGUCAUUGUUCCAAACCUACCGAACAACAUCAACCUUGGGAACAAGAAUGAUCAGUCCUUAGGCUUGUUUAGACAAGGGGGCCCAGAGCAAGGCCAACAAGAUCAGGGACAAGGGCUUGAUCCAACCCUCAAUCAUGGAAUCAAAUCACACACAUCACUCACAAAAUCUCUACAAUUCAAUCAAGAGCCGUUUUUCUAUUCCGAGCAUGCGGGUAGUGAAUUUAGUUCCUUGAAUGAUUUCCUCUCCAUGAUCGAUGACCCUGAACUCGUCAAUGGGGCUCUUCAAGAUAGCACUACGCUAACCGACCCAUUGAUGGGAUUUCUGAUGUCUCCGGAGCGUGGAAACUCAACCACAAACCUCAACAAUCUUCUUCAGUUUUCUCCAGCUGCUCCCGCCCAGCUCCCUACCUUUCCUGAUACACAGGCUAAAAUGUACCGCUCUGAGGCCGAAAACGGAAAUUCCAAAGGAACCGCCUCGCGGAAUCUAUCGUCCAACAAUCUUAAAGAUAACCACCAGCCGGUAAUAUCUGAUUCGGCGAGAGACAAGUUUUUCCUCACUGCGGCAGACCCUACUACAGAGAUCUCCCCCGAGGAGCGUUUGAAGCAGGUGAUCAAGGCCAAGUUGGAAGCCGGCUUGCUACAGCCUUACAAUUACGCGAAGGGUUAUGCUAGAUUGCAGAGCUACAUGGACAAUUACAUGAAUCAAUCCUCAAGGCAACGGAUCAUGAAACCUCUUCUGAUAUUCCGCCCUGCGUUCCGAGCUAUAGCACGGACACUCAAAGACGUAGAUUUGGUUUUAGUUGAGGAGAGCUUCGAAAGGGUGUUGUUGGAUUAUGACCGUGUCUUUACUUCCAUGGCCAUCCCAGCCUGUCUUUGGAGAAGGACUGGUGAGAUUUAUAGAGGUAACAAGGAGUUUGCCUCCUUAGUUGGCGUCAGCACAGAUGAUCUUAAAGACGGAAAACUCGCAAUCUACGAGCUCAUGAGUGAGGAAAGUGCUGUAAACUUCUGGGAGAAGUAUGGUGCAAUUGCAUUCGACAAAGGUCAAAAAGCAGUUCUCACGAGCUGCAAUCUACGGACAAAAGACGGCUUCAAGAGGAAAAGCUGCUGUUUCAGUUUCACUAUCAGGCGUGACCGCUACAACAUUCCUAGUUGCAUCGUGGGAAAUUUUAUUCCAAUCGAUCCAUAG